AUGCAAAGUAUUGUUCAUGAAAAUACUAAAAAGAGUCAAGCCAAACAAAAGAAGCUUUAUGAUCAGAAAAGUUCGCAUAGGAAAUUUCAGAUUGGCGAUAAAGUAUUGGUAUUGUUACCGACGCCUGGGAGUAAUCUCGAAAGCAAAUGGCAGGGUCCUUACACUGUCACUAACGUUUGUACGAACGGCUUGAAUUAUGAAUUAGAUAGAGAAAAGGGGCGAAAACAAAAACGGACUUAUCACAUAAAUCUAUUAAGGCUUUGGAAAACCAGAGAAGAAAUAAGUAGUUUUGCUCCCUCGGGACCUCUUCCUGAACAUUUAUCGCAUGAGCAUAGUUUUCCCUAUGUUGAAAAGGAGGAGACGUGGAAAGACGUCGAAAUUUCAUCGGAAUUAAGUGGGGCACAAACGGCAAAGGUUCGGGAAUUACUCAAGGAAUUUUCGGACAUUUUCUCAAAUAUUCCGAGUCGGACAAAUGUAGCUGUUCAUAGUAUUGAUACAGGUCAAGCUAGUCCAAUUCGUUCCGGUCCAUAUCCACAAAGUUUAGUUAAUGCGGUGAAUAAAGAAUUGGAUCAGAUGUUAGAAAUGGGGAUAGUUAGACCCUCAACUAGCCCUUGGGCAUCGCCUGUAGUAAUAGUUCCAAAACCAGAUGGAAAUAUUCGAUUUUGUGUCGAUUAUCGUAAAUUAAAUCGCGUAACCAAAAUGGACGCAUACCCUAUGCCACGUACAGAUCAAAUGCUCGGAAAGAUUGCUAAAGCUAAGUUUAUUUCUACUAUUGAUUUAACUAAAGGGUAUUGGAAAAUUCUUUUAGACGAUCAAGCAAUUCGCAAGUCAGCAUUUAUUACCCCCCGAGGUUUAUUUGAAUUUACCGUUAUGCCUUUUGGCAUGAAAACGGCACCCGCCACUUUUCAACGAAUGAUGCGGGAUAAAGUAUUACAGGACUUGGAAUCCUUUGCCGACGCUUAUAUUGACGAUGUGGAGGUAGAUACAUAUACAACUUUUGAAGAACAUAUAUUACAUCUUAGUGAAGUUCUCGAAAGAUUACGUAAAGCUAAAUUGCGAGCAAGGCCCUCUAAAUGUAAGAUCGCUAAGACCGUUGUAGAUUUUGUUGGUCACCGGGUUGGUAGGGACACUAUAAAACCUCGAGAUGCGUUAGUAAGUACCAUAGAGCAAUUUCCUAGACCUGAAACCAAGAAACAAGUUCGUUCAUUUUUGGGACUUACUGGGUACUAUCGUAGGCUUAUAAAAAACUAUGCAGAUAUUGCGAUUCCUUUGACUAACCUGACGAAAAAACUGAGCCUACACGUGUACGAUGGACGGCUGCUUGUGAGAGAGCAUUUAAUGAAUUAAAAUCUCUUUUGAAGUCUCCCCCAAUUCUAAGGCCCCCUCAUUGGUAUGAAUUGUUUAUUUUACAAGUGGAUGCUUCCGAUUAUGGUGUAGGAGCCAUACUUUGUCAGUUAGAUAAUGAAGGUCAGGAUCACCCUGUUGUGUUUGUCAGUAGGAAGUUACAGCCUAGAGAAAUGAAGUUGUCUACAACUGAGAAAGAGUGCUUAGCGAUAGUUUGGGCAGUUGAGACAUUUAGGUAUUAUCUGUUUGGAAGAAAAUUUAUCCUUCAAACGGAUCAUAACCCUUUAGAUUGGUUAAACCAGGUUAAAAACAAGAAUAGGAAAUUAUUGCGAUGGAGUUUAACCCUUCAGGAAUAUGAUAUCGAAUUAGAACAUAAGUGUGGAGAGAAGCAUGUGAAUGUGGAUGCGCUUAGUAGAAUGCCAUAAGAUUUCGAAGUGCAGCAACUCGAUCGUUCAGUUCCAAGGGAAAUUUCGUAUCGUAUCUCCCACUCAGGUACGUUUCAAUUCGAAUUGUUCUUGUUAACUUUUUGUAUUUAAAAAAAAAAAAGAAAAAAAAGAGAAGUAUAGUGUAAAUAAUUAGGUAUAAAAUUUUAGGAUCUAUUACAUACGUAAUAUGAUCUUUGGUGGGAAGGUGUAGCCCUGAUAGAACAACUUGAUAAAGUAAAACGAAAGAAAUAUACGUUAUCAACGCCGCACUUCACAUUAUAUAAUGGAAAGGUGGAUCUUCAAUGAUCAAAUGCUCUGGUAUAGUCUUCAGUGACUUGAGCAAUACACUACGUGAGUCUUCAAUGAUCAAACGCUCUGGUAUAGUCUUUAGUGACUUGAGCAACACACUCAGCAGUAAACGUGUGAAGACAAAGUUAUUUGGAGAUCGGUGUAUUGGAAUUGAAAGCGAGGACCGUUAUCUGAACCCUGGUAAACUUAACGAGCGCUCUAAAAAUCGGGAUUGUCAUGACUAGCUGAAGAAACAACGGGAACGAACAACUCGCCAAAGGACGCAAGUAUCGUAGCUUGAGAGACAGUUAAAACAAUAGUAUAGGAUUUACACCGUGAUAUACCAAACAAAUUAUAGAAAAAUAUAUUUACACUUUUUUUUUGUAUAUGAAGUUAUAUUUCCCGACACCCACACAGGCCGAUUUAAAUUCGUCACAAGGACAAGGCUGCUGGCGGUGAGCACUAGGUUGCUGGCGGUGAGACCAAGGUUCCUGGCGGUGAGGACAAGGUUCCUGGCGGUGAGGAUAAGGUUCCUGGCAAUGAGGACAAGGUAUCUGGCGGUGAGGACAAGGUUCCUGGCGGUGAGGAAAAGGUUCCUGGCGCUGACGACAAGGUUCGUGCCGUUGAGGACAAGCUUUCUGCCGUUGAGAACAAGGUUCCUGCUGAUGAGGACAAGGUUCCUGGCGAUGAGGACAAGGUAUCUGGCGGUGAGGACAAGGUUCCUACCGGUGAGGACAAGGUUCCUGCCGGUGAGGACAAGGAUCCUGCCGGUAAAGACAAGGUUCCUGGCGGUGAGGACAAGGUUCCUGGCGGUGAGGACAAGGUUCCUGGCGGUGAGUCCAAGGUUCAUGACGCUGAGGACAAGGUUCCUGGUGAAGAGAACAAGGUUCCUGGCGGUUAG